AUGACUGUGUUUGGCCUGUGUGACCUGCUGAAUGACCCGGGCUGCAAGGUGGUCAUCUACCCCUACUGCAUCACCCGGGCACUGUCAGCAUGCAUCACUUGUAUGCUCAGUGUGUUCCAGGCAGUGACCAUCGCCCCUGCAGGUGGACCCCAUUUGUCCAGGCUUAAGGCAAGUCUUCCCAGCCUCAUCGUGCCCACCUUCACACGGCUGUGGCUCCUCAACAUGGAUGUAUGCAUCACAGCUACAUUUUUCUCUAUUGCCCGCACAAUGGCACCAUGCCUGCCUUCCCCCUGUAUGUUGUAUUCUUUGGCAUAGACAAUGUCAUCUGGAUUUACAUGCCGACGGUAGCUAAGAUGUCUCCAAUGGUGGCUGACAAAAGAGUCUUCUUCUCCUCCUGUUAUGCCUCUCUCAGUCCCUUCUUCAUCAUCAGCUCCAAUAAGAAGGUCAAGAGCAAGUUGGUGUGUGCUGCAGCCGACCAAGAACAGCCAUCAGUCGACACCCAGGACUUCAGUGACAAGAUCUAA